AGCUCCUAGAAGACCAAAUAAGAAUCCGAGAUCUAGUGCGGCCACAGGAACUAACUUUGCAGUGCAGGAUCUAAACAUCAACACAUACAAGGAGUUGGAGACCUUCGGGGAAGAGUAGGCCAGGUGUGAUUCGAGCAUUGUGAAGCUUUCCGGCGACAUCCAGUUCAUCAGGCACGAGUGCCGACAGAUUGAGAAAUCCGUUCAAGAACUUGUUUCUGCCCUAGAAACCAUUUCUAAGAACUUGGAUGUGAAGGUAAUGCAGCUCUUAGGAAAGAUAGAGGCCUCUACUUCUGAGCACACCUCAAAUUUAAAGAUGGUCCAAGGAGAUUAUCAGCAUGAAAUGAACCUCUUGGAAUUCAAAUUUAACUCACUUUCUACAAAUAUAUUUGAAGAAGUUGAAAACAAUCAAAAAUGGACAGAAAACCAGUUUAUCAAGUACAGAAAAGACCACCUGAGCCACAUGAAUGAAUGUCUGAAGGUCGUGCAGGAAAAGCUGGAAAAGUCCGAGAAUAAGAUGGAAGAAAAAAUGCUUCAACUUUCAAGCAAGUUGGAGAAUUUUAUUAAUUCCCAGAAACAGGAGGCAGAAGUAAACAAAGCAAAGGCCAUAGAAAAUAAAGUGUUCAAGAAAAUGAGCCAAAUAGAGAAGCGGAUCUGGGGGGAACUAGAGAAAAUGCAAAACGACUAUCAAUCAGGAUUUAAAUCGAUCCAUGACUCCCUCAAUUCUCUCCAGCAAAUACAGAAAACAAAAAUGGAUUUAGAGAAACAUAAAGUACAGAAAGACCUAAAGAAAUUACAGCGUAAAAUAGUGGAACUCCAAGAAGUGUAACUUUGAAGGCACUUUCUUUUCCAGCAGCUGGUGCAACGGUUUGUUGGGAAAAGUUUUGAAGAAGAAAAUUAAUAUCUUUAGGAUACUACUUCUGGUGUUUCCUAUCACCUCUAAAGGAAAUCGACAUUUCAGGAGAGAAAACACACAAUAAAUCAAAAAGCUUCAUGAUGCCUUUAUUUUCUUAAUGAAAAAUUAAGAAAUUUGUUUUCAUGCCUGCUUUGUUAUAUUUUUAUUUGCCCACAAGUAAAAAAAGCAUAAUCUGUAUCAUGUACCUGAUAAAUAAAAUAAGUUCGGGUAUA